GUUAUAUAUUUUGUCUAUGUAAAUGGUCUUGACCGACUUCCAAGUAGUGCCACAAACGAGACAAUAAUGGAGCUUAAACGUGUUUUGAUUUUCCUUCUUUUGGCUGCUUUCCUUAUUACAGGCUAUGCAAGGCCGUCGAACGAGGAUGAGCGGGGAGUUGAAGAAGAAGACUUUGAUGACACUUACAUCGCUGAAGAAGAAGCUAAACCAGAAGAAGGAGGAGAGGAGAGUGGAAGUGCAGAGGAAACCACCCCGCCUCCUCCUGCUGCAGGAGCAACGACGCCACCAGCGGGAGGUGCUCCUCCUCCUCCCCCUGCUGCAGGGCCCCCCCCUCCACCAAAUCCCCUUGUUGACGGAGUUAAUAAAGCCUGUGCUGACUUCCAAGCCUGUGCUGCACAAGGCGACCCCUCGGUGUGCCUCGGGCAGAUGGUAGCUGCUUUAACGGCGUUGAUGAGUGGACCACCUUGCCAAGGUGGAGCAGUUACACCAGUACCAGCACCGGCGCCGUGCCCGGCACCUUUCCCUGCACCUUAUCCGGCACCUUAUCCUGCGCCAUAUCCGGCACCUUAUCCGGAGCCGAUCAUCGUGCAGUCGUCCUCAUGUGGCGGCACUUAUCCGUGCAAGGACAAACCAUCCAAGGGAAAGAAGAAACACGACAAGAAACACCAAGACAAGAAACAAAAUAAGGAGGAGGAGGAGCACGAGACACGCGGACUACGUUUUUAAGAUGUCAGGCGAGAAGGCAAUCGAGGAAGAUUAAACAUCAACCCGUUAUUUAGAAAUAGACUUGGUACUCACGGCCUCGUACAUGUGACAUCGAUACCGAAUGCCAGCGUUCCCCUCUUUUUAUGUAGCUCACCAAGUUUAGAGCCUUUUAGUUGGUUCUUCAUAUAGGUGAAUAAUUACAAGAUACAUCAUGUCAGACAUUCUUGUUUAAGAAAGAAGGAAUAAAGUUCAUCGUAAGAACUACA